UAGCAGAUAAACACCUUAAUAGCGCUUUAUAGUCCUGUACAAAAAAUACAGAUUGUCUUUUCACUGAGAUGAAACUGCGUUCGACACUUAACGCUUAUCUUUACUACGGCACUAUGUCAUUUUUACUGAUAAAAGUAUUCUGUUUUAGACCACACCAAAGAACCAGUAGAGACGUUUCAGUAGUGACUACACCUCUGUUAUCUCCUCUACAGCUGUCACCUAGAUGUCACCAAGAGAUUAGCCUUCUACAGUUGUUCUUCAUUCAAAGAAUGAACUCACAUCGCAACACGUGAACAUUGAAUAAAGAUGGCUACCCACAGACGCUUGCUAACAUCAUAACCGAAGGGUAAAUUAUGUCGUGUUUUAAAACGCAUUGAUAUCGUUUUAGUAAAACCAGAUUGUUUUCGAUUUGAAAUGAACAACCGCGCAGAAAUCUGAAGACACCAAGCAACCCUGAUACCUCAGAGGUUUACACUAAAGAAACAUUCCUGGCCCUCCAGCCCCAUCCAGUCCUAGGUUAAAGAUACACAGCCUCAUCAUGGUUCUGAAGAUCUUCUUUCCUCAGUGCUGUAACAAGGCCGACAGUGGUCUUCUGGUUGGACAUUGGCUUCCAGGACAGGAUUCUGCUGUGGUGCUAGCUGUCAUCCACUACCCCUUCAUACCUGGGCAGGUUAAACAGUACAUCCACCAGAUACGUGGCCAGAGUGGCGUGGAUCUGGCGGUGCUGGGCUCCUGGAGCAUGCCCAAGGAGGGACAGGAGGGCAUGGAGAGUUUCCUGAGAGAGCUCCGCACCAUCUUCCCUCAGGGCCGCUGGCUCCAGCUCAGCAGAGAGAUGGGGAAGAUAGGCUUCACAUGCAAUGUCCUCCCCAGAGACCAGAAUGGAAAACUGGUGGAACAGGAAAAAGAGCUGGAGAAGGUGGAGAAUGACCUAGAGGGGAAGAGUGGAAAAGACGGAAGAGGUUGGAAAAAUGAAGAAGCAGGAGGAGAAGGGAAGACAAAGGAAGAAAAGACAGGAGAAGAGGGGGACAAGGUGAUCUUUGUCCACUAUGAACAGAGGAAGGUGAUGCUGUCUCAGCUACAUCCCACAGACCCUCCGGUUCCCCUGACCCAGUCCACCUCAGAACUACGACAGGUGUUUGGGACGGUCAGUCAAAGUGAGUCAUUGUUCUUCCUGGAUAAAUAUGACGACAGUCCAGUCAAGCUGACUCACUGGCAGUCUGAAGGCCGGGAAGGCAGCAUCAUAGUAGAACUGAUGAAACAGGCCUCCACUCCAGUCUGCCUUCUCACUGCCUGGAUACUGGUGCUGUGGACCUCACUGUGUAACAGCAGGAUAUUGAAUGUGUUUCCAUUGAGGUUUAUCUCCAGUAAACUGUGCAGCUGUGUUCAGCUGAGCUACAGAACCGAACACCUUCAGACUGUCAGCUCUCCUACCAGAGCCACCUCACACACAGACUACAUGAGGAAAGCCAACAUCUUUAUGUCCUUCCUGUUGGAUGUGACUCUGGGCCUGCUGUUGAUUUACUGGCUGUAUAGAGAGAACAGAGUGGGGCAGCUGGCCAACGCACUGCUGCCUGCUGCAGAUCGGGUAGCUAAAGAGCUGGAAGAGUUAUUGCAGUGGCUAAUGGGAGCUCCAGCUGGCCUUAAGAUGAACCGAGCUCUGGACCAGGUGCUGGGACGAUUCUUCCUCUACCACAUACAUCUGUGGAUCAGCUACAUCCACCUGAUGUCUCCCUUCAUUGAGAUGAUUCUGUGGUACGUUGGUCUGUCGGCCUGCCUGGGCUUGACCUUUGCCCUCUCCCUGCUCUCUGACAUUAUCGCCCUGCUUACCUUCCACAUCUACUGUUUCUACGUCUAUGGAGCAAGGUUGUAUUGUUUGAAGGUGUAUGGUCUGACCUCUCUGUGGAGGUUGUUUAGAGGGAGGAAGUGGAAUGUCCUCAGACAGAGAGUAGACUCCUGUUCCUACGACAUGGACCAGUUGUUCAUUGGAACGUUACUCUUCACCAUCCUUCUGUUCCUGCUGCCGACUACAGCCCUCUACUACCUGGUCUUUACCCUGCUUCGCAUGGUGGUCGUAAUGGUCCAGGGAGUUCUUCAACUGACUGUCGACUUCAUCAAUUCCUUCCCGUUGUUCGCCUUGGGUCUCCGAGUCUUCAGAUCAUACACCCUGGCAGAGGGAGUGAAGUUUAGUGUUCUCUGUGAGGAACCAGGGACGCCUCUCCACCUGAUGAUGGAUAUUAACCCUCUGAAGUUCAGCAGUGUGGUUCAGACCUACAGGACCGCCACCUACAGCUGCUAUCCAAAAGACUCUUGGCUGGCCCUCUGCAAGAAACUCUUCCUGGGGGAACUAAUCUACCCCUGGAGACACAAGACCACUAAGAUAGACUGAGAGGUGGAGAGGAGGAUGGGUGGAGGGGAGGGGUUAUAUGGGGGAGACAAAUGUGUUCACAUGUUGGGAGGGCAGAAACAGAGCAGGUGUGUUAAACAACUGAUAGACUGUCUGGAAUCCUAACUAGGAUAGUAAUACACCUGAUAGACUGUCUGGAAUCCUAACUAGGAUAGUAAUACACCUGAUAGACUGUCUGGAAUCCUAACUAGGAUAGUAAUACACCUGAUAGACUGUCUGGAAUCCUAACCAGGAUAGUAAUACACCUGAUAGACUGUCUGGAAUCCUAACUAGGAUAGUAAUACACCUGAGACUGUCUGUAAUCCUAACUAGGAUAGUAAUACACCUGAUAGACUGUCUGUAAUCCUAACUAGGAUAGUAAUACACCUGAUAGACUGUCUAUAAUCCUAACUAGGAUAGUAAUACACCUGAUAGACUGUCUGGAAUCCUAACCAGGAUAGUAAUACACCUGAUAGACUGUCUGGAAUCCUAACUAGGAUAGUAAUACACCUGAUAGACUGUCUGGAAUCCUAACUAGGAUAGUAAUACACCUGAUAGACUGUCUGUAAUUCUAACUAGGAUAGUAAUACACCUGAUAGACUGUCUGGAAUCCUAACUAGGAUAGCAAAACAAGGAACAUGUAACCCUCUGGGGACAUCUCCCUGGUCGCCAUGAAGGAAAAUGUUUGGGCUUUGGGGUUAGGUUUAGGAUAAACUUUACUAUUGGGGUUAGAAUGUAGGGCUUUGAUUAAGCGUUAAGAUUUUGUAGUUGAUGUUAGGUCAAAGGUUAGGAGUGACAGGGCCCUGGCGUGACUGGGGCAUUGGGAUUUAGAAUGAACCAGUGUGGAGAUGGUGUUACCUUUAAAUAAGUGAUCUGCCUAAAUGUUGCCCAUCUAUUGGAUUGAAUAAAUGUGUAGAAGUAGAAUGAUUGAAUCAUUGUCUGCUAUAAAAACACCUGUUCGGUUCAUUCAGUUUCUACAUAUUUGCAUCCCGGCAUUAAAAACGUCUGUAACAGAAUAGCCAACACUGGUGUGGGGACCUUUUACAUAUUUUACAUUGCCUUGGUGGCUUGCUAGCUUCUAGGUUACGUGUCCUCCAGUAAGUUUUAGGUCUCUGCAUAAAAUUCUCUGGUUAAAUAUAGGUCGAUAAGUGGACCAACCAGUGCCUGGUGAGUACUUCUUUAAGCAGCCCAUACAACGUCAACAAACUUCAGCCAAUGGGACAGUUAGGGGCGUGUCUCCCAGUGGGACAGUUAGGGGCGUGUCUCCCAGUGGGACAGUUAGGGCCGUGUCUCCCGUGCUGAAGGCUACUUCAAAGAACCAUGUAGUUAACCCAAUUUAUUAUUUAGGUAUUUAAAAUAAAUAACUGCACUGAUAACUCCCUACUUAUAUUUAUAUCUAGAUUCAUUGUACAGUAUAUUAUAACAAUACAAUUUUAAUAUUGUCACAUGAUGCUAGAAUAAUGAUUUUUUUUAAUGAUUUUCUGCUAUGUAGAGAGAUGUAUCAUUAGAGCAUUUGUGAAUUAAUACAUUUUUAUUGAAAACAUUUACUUAUUACCUUAGUUUUCAGAUUUUUUUAUUUGUUACAUCUUAUUAAUGUGUCAGUUUCCCCAACAAACACAACUUGCUAAAAUACUGAGGCUGUAUACAUACAUUACUGAUCAAGGAUCAGUUUUGCAUUUGAGAAUACAUAAUAUUUCAUGGAUAUGGAUGGAGCUGAUGCAAGAUAGAUGAGACUACUGGUGUUUUAUUCUGGCUUAUUUUCUUAUGUAAUGGUUUUCUUAAUACAAUAUUAAUAAUUGGUAAUACCCUUGACAGAUUGAUGUGCUGUAAGGAAUAAGAAAGAGCAAUUGGUUUUAAAUCGUGGCAGGGGUUUUAAAUCUGGACAAUCAUUUGUAAUGUUUUAGAUGUUUGAUUGAACUGUUUUUGUUCAUUACUCUGGUUUUUGAUUGAUUGCACAGCAUACCUCUGUACUCUGUUUCAUUACUCUGGUUGUUGAUUGAUUGCACAGCAUACCUCUGUACCCUGUUUCAUGACUCUGGUUGUUGAUUCCACAGCAUACCUCUGUACCCUGUUUCAUGACUCUGGUUGUUGAUUCCACAGCAUACCCCUGUACCCUGUUUCAUGACUCUGGUUGUUGAUUCCACAGCAUACCUCUGUACCCUGUUUCAUGACUCUGGUUGUUGAUUCCACAGCAUACCUCUGUACCCUGUUUCAUGACUCUGGUUGUUGAUUCCACAGCAUACCUCUGUACCCUGUUUCAUGACUCUGGUUGUUGAUUCCACAGCAUACCUCUGUACCCUGUUUCAUGACUCUGGUUGUUGAUUCCACAGCAUACCUCUGUACCCUGUUUCAUGACUCUGGUUGUUGAUUGCACAGCAUACCUCUGUACCCUGUUUCAUGACUCUGGUUGUUGAUUCCACAGCAUACCUCUGUACCCUGUUUCAUGACUCUGGUUGUUGAUUCCACAGCAUACCCCUGUACCCUGUUUCAUGACUCUGGUUGUUGAUUGCACAGCAUACCUCUGUACUCUGUUUCCUACAUAGUGCUCUAGAUUUGAGCAUGAAAUAGGUAAUAAUGGUGCCUCUUGGAACAUAUUCCCUGUGUCCCUUUAAUAAAAUGAGUAAAGUCAUAA